AUGGAAGAUGAAGAAUCGAAUCUAGGAGCGAGAAGCCUGUUUUCUCGACCACCACCAGCAGCGGCGCCGAAUCGAUUCAAAGAGAAGAAGAAAAAGGUCAACAAAUAUGGAGUUAGUGUUUAUACUUUGGGUACCGAUUCUUGGAGGAGGAUCCAAGACUUCCCAUAUUCUGGCCCCAGUCCUAUGCCUGGAGUCUUUGUGAGUGGCACCAUUAAUUGGUUGACAUAUGAUGCAAGUAGUUCUUUGCAUGUCAUUGUUUCUCUUGAUUUGGAGAAUGAGUCGUAUCAAAAUCUUUUGAAGCCUGAUACGAAGAAGGAUUAUUGGAUCUUGGGGAAGUUGAGGAAUUGCUUGUGCAUCUUUACUGGUAGCAAAAUCGAUAUGCUUGUGGAUGUUUGGAUUAUGAAGGAAUAUGGAAAUACAAAGCCAUGGACUAAAUUGUAUACUGUUCCUUACAUGGGAGAUCAAGUUUCCUCUUCCAAGGCUUUAUACAUUUCAGAGGAUGGCAAAGUUCUAAUGGGUUUUCAAGAGUUGUUGUUUGUCUAUGAUUCCGAAAAUGGUACUUUUAAUAUGCCUGGGUUUCAAAAUAUCAGUGGUUGGUUAGACCCGGAAGUCUACGUUGAGAGUUUGAUAUCACCUUGUUCUUAA